AUGAUUGAAGCUGGUUGUACAGACAGGAUGUCAGGACUGACGACAAAUUCAGGACCUAAUCAGAACUCCGCGCAGGACUACAGGCUUCUGACCUCAGAUGCGUCCGAGCUGUGUAAGUUUGACCCCGGUGACCUCCAGUCUCUGACCUGGCUGACCUCAGUGGACGUCCCUCGUCUGCAGCAGCUCCGCUCAGGCAGAGCCGAGUUCAGCAUGAGCACUCAGGACCAACUGAACACAGCAGCUCAGCUGAGUAACAUGAGCGCGGCUGGAGGAGGGACGUCCAUGAUCCAUCUACAGAGUAACAUGCAGCACAGCCCUCUGGGAAUCAACAGCAUGCCGCAGUUUUCUCCCAGUUUUCCGUGUCCUGCCUCGGUCUAUCAGACCUCCUCUCAGCAGGUGAUGACUUUCUCCCAGUCCAACCAGCAGUGUUCUCCUGGAGGACUGUACAGCAACUUCAACAACCAGAGUUUAUUCACACAGCAGCAGAUCCACACUCCACACAGCCAGGAGACGCAACCCAAAACCUUCCCCAAACCCAUCUACUCCUACAGCUGCCUGAUUGCUAUGGCUCUGAAGAACAGUAAAACAGGCAGUCUCCCAGUCAGCGAGAUCUACAGCUUCAUGAAGGAACACUUCCCCUACUUUAAGACGGCACCGGACGGCUGGAAGAACUCCGUGCGGCACAACCUGUCUCUGAAUAAAUGUUUCGAGAAAGUGGAGAACAAGAUGAGCGGCUCAUCGAGGAAGGGCUGCCUGUGGGCUCUCAACCCAGCCAAGAUCGACAAGAUGGAGGAGGAGAUGCAGAAGUGGAAGCGUAAAGACCUAACGGCCAUCCGACGCAGCAUGGCCAACCCAGAUGAAUUAGACAAGCUGAUCACAGAUCGGCCAGAGAGCUGCAGGCGGAAACCGCUGGAUCCUCAGCUUCCUCCUCCUCAGCCGGUUUUGUCUCUGCAGUGUCUUACUGUUCACCAUCAGCUCCAGCUGCAGCUCCACACUCAGCCCCGGAUAGCACCAACAUCUCCGGCUCCUGCUCAAACACCACCACUCCACCCUGUACCUGAGCUCGUCAAACAACCACAACAACCACCACCACCACCAGCGGAGAUCUUCAGUGUCCACAGUGAUGUCCACUCUGAGGUGGAUGCUCUGGACCCCAGCAUCAUGGAUUUCGCUUUGCAAGGAAACCUGUGGGACGAGAUGAAGGAUGACAGCUUUAACCUGGAGGCCCUGGGCUCGUUCAGUAACUCCCCCCUGCGUCUCUCUGACUGUGAUCUGGAGGGUGUGAGCACAACACCAGUGUCCAGUGCUGCUGAAAUUCCCUUCUCGGGCGUUUACACAUCUUACAGCACGGUGGAUGGAUUCUCCAACCAGUACAUCAGCACACAAGGCAGCAGCAAACCCAUUGUCCUGCAUUAA